AUGUUAUCAAAGGUCACGGAGGACGGAGCCGGCAGCGCGUCUGUCGGACGUCGCAUCGAUGCAGCCAUCAAGGUGGACAGAUGGGAGCUGCGCGAGGAUACCCUGCCGGUUGGUGGCCAGGCGCUUGUGAGCGAGACGCUCUUCUCUCUCGGAAACGGCCUCGUCGGCGUGCGUGGGCAUGCAGAGGAGACGGAAGCGGGCCAGAACCGCCACGAACGGCACAGGGCGUAUACUAGUCGUCAGCGUGCGUAUCACAACAGCCGUCGAGGUGAUGAGCUGUACAGCGACGUCAAGGGUCGACAAUGCCCUUUGGCUGACGGAGGAGACUGGCACCACUCGCGCGCGCAGGGCGGCGGCAGUAGUGGUGGUAGCGUCAGUGGCCCUCGUGGACCCCGAGGAGUGUACUUCUCUGGGUUUUAUGAGCAGCGUCCUCUCAUGCAUCCACGUCCUUUCUCGGCUGGCAUCUCCACCAAGGAAGGCUACCGUCUGCGCACGCCAGAUCCCUUCUGCAUCGACGCGUUCCUCAGCGGCGAGCACAUUACCGCCGCACGGGGUCCCACACGGAACCACACUCGCCGCCUCGACCUGCGCACAGGGGAGCUGCAUCGCCGCUUUGUCUGGUUCUCCAACCAGCAGCACCGCGAGAUUACCAUCGAGACGCGGCGCUUUGUUUCUGCGGCGCGCAAGAACAUCUCCGCCAUGCACUACAAGAUGAGCGUGCGAAACGCGCACAACACAGACGUGCGCCUCAUCUCGCGUACAUUCCUUUCAGCUGCCGAGUACGACGUCGAGACCAUGUUCACCCAGUCGAACAUUCAAGACGCCAUGAGUGUCGUGUUCGUGCGAACGCGUAAUAGCUGUCGUCAUCUUGUCAUCGCCUCCGUCGAGACGUGCACGUCCCGCUCCUACCCUGCCGGCAUACAAACCUUCCCGUCGAGGGAAGCCAACACCCCCACCCAAGGUGGCACAGGCGGUGACACGGGCUUUGGCACAUCUCCAUCUGGUACUAGCCCGUCCUGCAGUGCUUCGCCAUCGAGACCGGCGGCCACGUCUCCGACGACUCUCACCCCAAACAGCCGCGAGACAGAGUGGGGGACGGAGACGUCCUACACGAGCUGCAUCUCCGACGGCGUCAUUGUCGAGUUUGUCAAAGUCAUCGGCCACUUCGGCGACGAGGAUGCAACGACGGAGGAGUUGCUCGACGUGGCGACGCAUCAGACUCGCGAGGUGGCAGCACUUGGCUACGAGGGGCUGCUGGCGGAGCACCGCGACGUCAUGAACGCCUUCUGGGACACGGCGGAUGUGCGGGUGGAGCCGAGGGCGGAUGUGCAGGGCGCCUUCCGCUUCAAUAUCCUGCAGACCUACAUGUCGACCAGCGGGGACCCGUACUACUGCUUCCCGACCCGCGGUCUGACAGGCGAUAUGCUCCUGGGUGUACAGCAGUGGGAUGUGGACGCGCUGAUCGUGCCGUUCCUCUCCCACGCGUGUCCGAAGAAGGCGCGCGCGCUGCUUGAGUUUCGCAUUCGUACGCUGAACGAGGCAAAGGACAUUGCGGCGGACUUGUCACUUCCCCGCGGCGCUUUGUUUCCAUACCGUACCGUGACAGGAGAGAAGAACCCCACGCCUUACUGCGGCGCGUUUCUCUUCGUGAACGCCGUCGUCGUCUACGCGCUGAAGGAGUAUGUGACGGCGACGAACGACACUAGCAUCCUCGUGCAAGGCGGUGCUGACCUCAUCUUCACGACGGCGCUUGUCUGGCUGCAGUGGGGCACGUGGGAAAAGGGCCUGUUCCACCUGCGCUCCGUGUCGGGCCCCGACACGUACAACGAUGUCGCCGACAACAACUUCUUCACGAACUUGAUGGCGCAGAUGCAUCUGCAGUGGGCGGUUCAGCUGGCGGUCAUGCUUCGACAAGAGAGCCCGGAGAUGUGGCACGGCAUUAUGCACCGAGCUCAGAUGACGGAAAACGACAUUGUUGCCAUGGACCAAGCGGCGGCGAAGAUGGUGCUGCCCUUCGACGGCACCCAUCGUAUCCACCCCAUGGACCAGUCCUUCAUGCGCAAGAAGCACUGGAACCUCACGUCGCUCAAGGACGGCGCGGAGGGCCCGCUAACAUCGCUGUACCACCCGACAGUGGUGUACCGGCAUCGAGUGUGCCACAUACCGGACGUGCUGCUAGCAAUCAUGCUCGCGCCGGACAGCUUCUCGUUAGACGAGGCAAAGGCGGACUUCACGUUUUACGAAGCUGUAACCGCUUCAGACUCGGCGCUGCGGCUCGCCAUCUUUAGCGUUGUGGCGGCGCAGCUGCGUCUGUCGAACAAGGCGAUGGACUACUUUCACGACUCACUCUUUGUGGACAUCGACAACCUCGUCGGUAACUCCGGCGGCGGCCUUCACUGCACCGCGGCGGCGGGGUCGUGGAGCUCCAUGGCGGUGGGAAUCUGUGGACUGCGUGUGGCGCAGGGCGUGCUACACUUCAAUCCCGUUUUGAGUGAAGAAAUGGAUGAGUUCGAGUUCCACGCGCGGCACCGCGGCUGUCUCGUGCGCGUCCUGGUGACGAAGAGGCUCGUUACAUAUACACUAGUUAGCGCGCCAGAGGGUGUGACAGACCUCAUCCUGGUCCACGCCGGCGUAAACCGCAUCACCCUGCGACUGAAUCACCCCGAGACGGUGCGACUCUUCAGAGAGGUGCGCGUGUUCGACUUCGACUGCGUCGUAUUCGAGCUCGAUAGCGUCGUCGAGGACAUCGAGGGCGUUCACUACCAUGCCUGGACACAAACGCUGGAGGAGCAUUUUCAUCAGCACGGCUUUUCAGACUUUUCGAUGACGAAGGAGCUCUACCUCGCUUAUCUGCGGCAUGUGAAGCCCUUCUACGGCCUGAAUGAGAUCUUCAAGAAAUACAACCAGAACCCCCCGCCGACCGGCGAGGUGGAUGACACGGCGGAGUCGAACACUCUCUACGGCCUGUGCUGCCGCAAACUGCAGCUGUUCCGUUCCUACGCGACGACGCACGGCAUGCCGAUGCGUGAGGGUGUUCUGCAGCUCAUCUCCCUUCUCCGCCAGUACGGGAUCGCCGUCGGGUGCGUCAGCGGCAGCAAGAAUGCUCGCUGGGUCAUCAACGAAACCACAAAGGGCAGUUCCAUUUUUGACAACUUCCUGGAAGGCAAGGAGGGCGAGGAGCUGGGGCUGCGUUGGCGUCCCGAGAUGGACUACUUCGAGGCCUGCGCGCAUCGCAUGGAUGCGGCGACAAACCGCGCCGUUGUGGUGAUGGAUGGCAUCGAUGGGUUUUCCAAGAAGGCGCUGGAGCGCUUCCGCAUGGUUGUUGACGUGAGUCCGACUCCUGAGGAGACCACGCUGUCCAUUCCGAGGGUGCUCGCGAAGAACCUUGGCGACAUUACGAUGGAGACACUGAACGAGUACACUGUCCGCGGCGGCGUCGUCAAUCAUUUGCGUGAGAUGUAG